CUACAAACUAAAAAAGACAAACCAAAUCUCGACAGAAAACUAAACAAAUCAAACAAUGAAGUUUUACGUGUUAUGGCUCGUGUUGGUAUUAGCCGUCCAAGCGGAUGCAGCAAAGCAAAGAAAGAAGGCUAAAAUCCCUGCAUUAAUAGUUUUCGGAGAUUCAAUAAUGGAUACUGGUAACAACAACAAUCUCUCAACUUUUCUUAAGUCCAACUUCCCUCCUUAUGGCAAAGACUUUCCCGGCGGAUUGGCCACUGGAAGAUUUUCGGAUGGAAAAGUUCCUUCUGAUCUUAUUGCGGAAAAAUUGGGGUUGGCUAAGACAUUACCAGCAUACCUAAGUCCAAAUUUGAAGCCUAGAAAUCUUUUGAAAGGUAUAACAUUUGCGUCUGGAGGAACCGGUUAUGAUCCACUGACAGCCGAAACUAUGUCGGUGAUAUCAGUGGGGGAUCAACUAAUAUAUUUCAAAGAGUAUAUAUCAACGAUCAAACGACGUUAUGGAAAAAGAAAAGCUCGACAUAUCUUGAACAGUGGCAUUUUUCUCGUGGUUUCUAGUAGCAAUGACCUUGCUCACACUUAUAUAGCCCAAUCUCAUAAAUAUAACCCUGCAUCGUAUGCUUCUUUCUUAGCUAAAUCAGCAGUUAAAUUCGUAAGAAAAUUACACAAGCUUGGAGCUCGAAAAAUUGGGGUGUUUAGUGCACUUCCUGUUGGAUGUGUACCACUUCAAAGAUCAGUGCGUGGAAGUGUAUUAACAAGAGAAUGUGUUAAACCCUUAAACAAUAUGGCAAAAAAAUUCAACGCUAGACUUUCUCCAGCACUGAAAUCUUUAGGUAGAGAGUUGGAUGGUAUUAUCUUCUACGUUGAUGUUUAUGAGACCUUUUUGGACAUGAUCCAAAAUCCUAAAAAAUACGGUUUCGAGGUAGCUGAUAGAGCUUGUUGCGGUACUGGUUUUCUCGAAAUUUCUUAUAUGUGCAACUCAUAUAAUCCAUUCACAUGUUCUAAUUCGUCGGCCUAUAUAUUUUGGGAUAGCUACCAUCCAACUGAAAGAGCUUAUCAAGUUAUGGUUGAUAAGUUAUUCGACAAAUACUUUAGCAAAGUCUUUUGAUGUUAAACAUUACUUACAUCCUUGCGUUUCAUUGUAUUUAUCCUUCUUAUUGUUUCAUGUAUGUGAUCAAUUCAUUACAGAAUGUUCAAUGUCUUGUGCACUAUAAAAUCUUUAUGUUCUAUGUUUUCACCGACAGUAAUUUUAAUGUUUUGAAAACGUGAUUCUACCCAAUAUACAUUAUUGGAACUCAGUUUUAAUCGAUACUAUUAAAACAGAAGACCCCUUUUUUGAGAUGCGCUUCUGUUUCAACAAUAUUUACAGAUCUCUACAACUGCUUUAUUUUAAAGUAUGCUUUUUAAUUAUCUUUAUUAUUCAGGAAAUCCUUUUAUUACAACAAACAAUAUAUUUUCGUUUUUCUCUAUCCCUUUCAACUAAAUAAUUUUUAGCAUAAUUAAAAGAUUUUGUGAUCUGGAACAAGAGAUCAUCGCAAAUUGGGGAUUUCAAGAUAAGCGUAUUGUACGAAGUGAUUACGAAGGCGAUUUGUCUUAGGGUUCGGAGAAGUGGACGAAGGUUUUGCGACUUGGUUUUCAUCUUGCUAGGAAACCCUUUAGUGGCUUCUCUAAUGGUGGUUCUGAAUUCAAGAUGGAGACGUUGAUCCCUGCUGCAGUAACAAGUUCCAAGUUCGCAAGAAAAAAAAUCAAAAGAGAGGGAAGAGGCAUGUUAGGACAACCCUUCAAGCUUCUGGCGGAAUAGCAGCACCAAGUCUCAAACUUAGGAGGUACACACUUUUGCAAUAUUUUGUAAAAUAUAUACGUAAGAAUCUAAUCAUAUCUUUCUGGAAAGAGAUGCUCUUCACGACGAUACUAUCAAUUGUACAUCUAUGUGUCAUGUACGUCAGUACGGUUCUCAUCCAGAGCUCAUAGAUUUCACCUUCGGCAAGAGAUCUCUGCCCUUGCAGGAUCUUCUUUGAGGAAUGAGAGGAGCCACAUCUCAUGUCAUUGCCAAAAAAAGCCAAAAUGAUGAAACCGAUCUGAAUGCAGGUUAACAGCUUAAUCGAUAGAGGUCAAUUAUGGAGACUGGCUACAUCUUCUGUUCGUCAUGCAAAUCCUAUGCAUCUCAUGAUAAAUUGCUAUUCUUUGAAUUCCAUUGGACCAACUACUGAGAGUUUAGGUGGCCCAACGAGAUUCCCUGCCGUUUACUUCACUUCUUCAAUCGCAAGUAAUUAUGUUUCAUAGACUUUCUUUGUUGUGGGUGAUUAUAGUUGACUAACAAAAACCAUCUUAAGAGUUCUAGGUUCAGCAAUGAGUUCCUGGCUCAACAAAGCGCCGUCAGUUGGUGCUUCCGGUGCAAUUUUCGGAUUGACAAGUUCCUUGGGGAACCAUAAGCAUUUGUUCUCAUACAAAAUGAAGUUUGUUAAUGAUACCUUUUUUUUUUUUUGUAGGUUGGCUCGGUAGCUGUAUUUGUCAUGAGACACAAACAAAUGGUCAGAGGUGGCAAUGAAAAUCUGAUGCAGAUAGAUCAGGUUAUAUUGCCCUAAACAUGGUCAGACAUUGGGUCUAGUAUCCAGAGGCAUAGAUAACUGGGGACAUAUUGGUGGCUUGCUUGGUGGAACCGCAAUGGCAUGGCUUGUAGGACGACACUGGAAGUUUGAGUAUACAACAAGAGAUGGUUGGAGAGUCUUCGUGGACAGCGCUCCAGCUCCUCUGCUUUUGCGUUGGUGAAACAAACGCCGACGGCUUUGAUUAGAGCUGUAAACUGCGCUAGCCCACGUCCAUUAGCCCAUAUCUAUUUAUCCAUUUAUUGUUUGUUGACAAAUAGUGACCAUCUAAUCUACCGUGGCAUGUUUUAUUUUUGGACAUAUUCCAAAAGUUGUGACUAAAUAUACACACGGUUAAAAAUAUUUUUCUCUUAUCUUA